AUGUUGCGCCAGCCGCUGACACGGGCGCUUGCGCUGUCCCCAAGCCGAGUAGCUCCUUCGACAGCCCGGAAAUAUGCUGGUCAAGUACAAGCGCAACCUGAGAAAGUCGAAGUCUUCAUUGAUGAUAAACCUGUUUAUGUUCCACCUGGCACAACUGUAUUGCAGGCAGCGGCUCAAGUAGGUGUUGAGAUUCCUCGAUUCUGUUAUCAUGAAAGAUUGGCUGUAGCUGGAAACUGCCGCAUGUGCUUGGUUGAAGUGGAAAAAUCUCCUAAACCAGUUGCAGCAUGCGCUAUGCCUGUUAUGAAAGGAAUGAGGGUUAAAACAAACUCUGAUCUUACAAGGAAGGCAAGAGAGGGUGUGAUGGAGUUCCUUCUUGUUAAUCAUCCAUUAGAUUGCCCUAUUUGUGACCAGGGAGGAGAAUGUGAUUUACAAGACCAGUCUAUGGCAUUUGGCUCUGAUAAGAGUAGAUUCACAGAUAUACAUUUUUCUGGAAAAAGGGCUGUGGAGGAUAAAGAUGUGGGUCCUUUAAUUAAGACAAUCAUGACCAGAUGCAUCCAUUGCACCCGAUGCAUUCGGUUUGCGUCGGAAGUGGCUGGGGUUGAUGACUUUGGUACUACUGGUAGAGGAACUGAUAUGCAGGUUGGUACAUAUGUUGAGAAAAUGUUCCUGUCUGAGCUGUCUGGAAACAUCAUCGAUCUCUGCCCAGUCGGCGCGCUCACUUCCAAGCCUUACAGCUUCGCCGCUCGACCCUGGGAGACCAGGAGGAUUGAUUCCGUAGAUGUAUUGGACCCUCUGGGCAGCAACAUUGUGGUGGCGACGCGCACCAACGAAGUAUUACGUAUUCUGCCGAGAACGAAUGAGGAAAUCAAUGAGGAGUGGCUAUCAGACAAGUCGCGGUUCGCGUGCGACGGGCUCAAGCGACAGCGGCUGGUGACGCCGAUGCUGGCGGACAGUCGCGGCAACCUCACGCCCGUGGAGUGGGAGGACGCCAUUGUGGCGGCGGCGCGCGCGCUCCGCGACUGCCCGCCCGGCAAGUUGCUAGCGGUGGCCGGUGAUUUUGCGGACGCAGAGUCGCUGGUGGCGCUGAAGGACCUCAUCAACCGCCUCGGCUCUGAGGACGCGUGCACGGAGCAGUACUUCCCGCUAGAGGGCGCCGGCACCGACCUGCGCUCUUCAUACUUGUUCAAUACGAAGAUUGCCAAUGUGGAAGAUGCUGAUUUUGUGCUACUAAUCGGUACAAACGUGCGGUUCGAGGCGCCAUUACUCAACGCGCGCAUACGUAAAGCUUUCGUGCACAAAGAGACCGAUAUCGCGCUGAUCGGGCCAAAGGUCGACCUCACAUACGAAUAUAUUCAUGUAGGUGACUCAGCCUCCAUCGUGAAAGAUUUAGCCACCGGUACCUCUUCACAUGAAGUGCUCAAGAGAUUGGAGAGCGCCAAGCGGCCGGUGGUCAUCCUCGGCGCUGAUCAGCUGAAGACUCCCGAGGGUGCUGCUCUGCUGGCCUACACCCAGGAGCUGUCCUUACGUCUGCAGGAUAAACUUGAAGAUAAGGAAUGGAAGGUGCUGAACGUGCUGCAACGCACGGCGUCGCAGGUGGCGGCGCUGGACAUCGGCUACCAGCCGGGCGCGGGGCGCGCGCUGCGUGCGGGCCCGCGCGUCGUGUACCUGCUGGGCGCCGACGCCGGCCUCGUCACGAGAGACGACCUGCCUAAGGAUUGCAUCGUUAUCUAUCAAGGGCACCACGGCGACGCGGGCGCGGCCAUGGCGGACGUCGUGCUGCCGGGCGCGGCGUACACGGAGAAGCGCGGCACGUACGUGAACGCGGAGGGGCGCGCGCAGCAGACGCUGCCCGCCGUCACGCCGCCCGGCAAGGCCAGGGAGGACUGGAAGAUCAUACGAGCUCUAUCGGAGGUGGUGGGCGCGCGGCUGCCGUACGACUCGCUGGACGAGGUGCGCGCGCGCCUCGCGGAGGUGAGCCCUGCGCUCGUGGCGUACGGUGACGUGCAGGACAACAACUACUUCGCGCAGGCACGCGCGCUCGCGCAGAGCCUUCAAAAGCCAGUAUCGGGUAAAUUGGACGUGCAAUUGAAACAGUUGGAGGACUACUUCAUGACGGACUCCAUUAGCCGUGCCUCCCCCACCAUGGCCAAGUGCGUGCAAGCCGUUCUCAAGCAAAAACAGUCCCCGUAC